AUGCAUUUAUGGAAUCCUAAAGAGUUUUCUGACGAAGAAGGUUCAUCAGAAGAGGAUAGUGUUGAUAAAAGGACUGAAAAGGAAAAGUAUAUUUUUGUAGAUAUUGACUCAGAUCAGAGUGAAAGCUCAGAACAAUGGUUAGAACUUGUUGAUGUAGAUUCUCUUACCGACGAUAGUACAAGUAGAUAUACUAGUAGAACUGUUAGUCCAGUUAGUAAAUUUGCGGGACAGGAUGUUGAAAAGUUCGAAGGAAAAAUCACUGAAAAAUCUCUAUUGGAAAGAGAAAAUAAUAUUCUUCAUAUUAGCGAUUUUGUAGACUUGUCAUACUGGAAAGAAGAGAAAAUUUGUUGUGGAACAAUAUACAGGGGGCUGUAUGAUGAAAUUAUGGUAGACCCAAGAUUCGUGAAAGCCUGUCCAGAUCGAAUGAGUAAACUAGCCAAACGAAAUUCGAACUCACAAGAAUUGGAAGAACCUGUUAAUAAACAAAAUUGA